AGACUUACUUAGACUUGGGUCCAACCUUGCAUCGCAGAACCCAACGUCAAAUUCAAUACCAGAAAGAAACCAAUAUUAAGAAAAGAGAAGGGGCGCAAGACGAAUGAGUUACAACCUGACCUCAUUCCACCCAUUGACUAGAAGCUUAACUUCCCGUCUUCUGGAAAUUCGCCCCUCUUUCAAUCCUUAUUGUUUUCAUAGAUCGAUGCAAUGAUGUCGGGGACGGCUGUUCAGCUGCCCAUCAUACAUGCAUGUAAUCGUUCCACGGUGACGAGAGAGAGCGAGCCACGUAGCUGCGCCUUAAUCCCGCUGAACAGGUUCAGGUCCAACUGGGGGGUAUCAUGCUGCAGGGUCUUCCGGGAAGGAAAUGAAAAGCAAGAAUUUUUUUCCAUUUUCAUUUUUAUUUUUAUUUUUUUUUUAACUUGCGGAGUACUUACUUACUUCCAGAAGCAUUGGGGUACGUGCGUGUCGGGGGUUACAUUUGACAUUCUUGAUGCCGAUAUUUUCUCCCCCCAAAAUCGACUGGAUCCGAUCGAUCUACCUUUUUGGUUUUUAUUUUCUUUUCCUGUUUUGUUCACGGCGGGAAUGUAAUGUUCUGUUCCUCUUACGUUGGACUGGUUACUGGAUGGAAGG